AUGCUUCUUUGCAUCUUUUUGGACCACAUUCUCUGGUUCCAGUGGCUGAUGAUGUUAUCACCUUGGGCUGUGGGAUUAGUUUGGCUGAUUUGCAGCUCCUCCAGGUUUUGUGAGUGUGACCUGGAGUCAACGGAGAACCUAAAAAAUGACUGUUACAAGAAAAUGUGUGUGGAGAAACCCUAUUCUAGGUUACAACUGUCAUGUUGUGGAAAUCAAACAUUCAACCCAGCAGCAGCGACUUGCUGUGAAGAGCAUCGUGGGAAAAACAAAUUAGUGAGAAUCACAGAGCAUCUGAGUGAAGAGGUAUCAGACUGCUGUGGCCUGCAGGCUUACAACAAACUCAAUGAAAUCUGCUGUGAGUCAACCGUCUUAGACAAGCCUGCAGCAGAAGCCAAGUGCUGUGGUAACAAGGCCUAUGAUGUGCAUGAGCAGCUGUGCUGUGGUCGUAACAACACAAUUUUAAAUAAAACAUCCAGUGACGAUGACUGCUGUGGAUUUCAAAAGUUCAACAAGAAAACACAGUGCUGUUGUGAGAUGAAUCACACUCUUCACGUUAAACCCAUGUGUUGUUCUGAUUGUAACGAAACCUGUGAUGCUAAUGUCAACAGCAGCCCAGACCCACCUUUAUGUGGAGGAGAGACCUAUGAUGUGGACAGGCAGUUGUGCUGUGGUAUUAAACACAUAAUUUUAAAUAAAACAUCCAGUGACUACAACUGCUGUGGAGAGAAGGAGUACAACACAAAGACAUACUGCUGCUGUGAAAAAAAUUAUACUCUUCGCAUCGAACCCAUCAAAGUGAGAGAGGUUUCCGAUUACUGUGGCCUGCAGGCUUACAACAAACUCAAUGAAAUCUGCUGCGGAUCUACCAUCAGGCCUGCGGCAGGAACCCAAUGUUGUGGUAACGAGGCCUAUGAUGUGCAUGAGCAGCUGUGCUGUGGUCGUAACAACACAAUUUUAAAUAAAACAUCCAGUGACGAUGACUGCUGUGGAUUUCAAAAGUUCAACAAGAAAACACAGUGCUGUUGUGAGAUGAAUCACACUCUUCACGUUAAACCCAUGUGUUGUUCUGAUUGUAACGAAACCUGUGAUGCUAAUGUCAACAGCAGCCCAGACCCACCUUUAUGUGGAGGAGAGACCUAUGACGUGGACAGGCAGUUGUGCUGUGGUAUUAAACGCACAAUUUUAAAUAAAACAUCCAGUGACUACAACUGCUGUGGAGAGAAGGAGUACAACACAAAGACAUACUGCUGCUGUGAAAAAAAUUAUACUCUUCACAUCGAACCCAUCAAAGGUGUGCAACAACAGAGGCCAAGAUCUCAGCUCAAUUGCGCUGAGCCGCACACAGCAGUCUGUGGGUCAACAUGCUACAAUCCGAAUCUACUUGACUGCUGUCUGAGAAACAACACUAAUUGUGAAACCUCAGGUCACUGUGGUGAUGUUGCUCCAACAGUAUUUAACCCACGCACACAUUUCUGCUGUUAUGGCCACGUAAUUGACAGGAAUCCGUGGAUGGAAGAAUUUCCCUGCUCACCAGAAGAGCACUGCUGUGGAGGGAACGUCUACAACCCUGAAACUCACAUCUGCUGCAAUCAACACAGGUGGCACAAAGGAGAGCACAUUCGUUGUUGUGGUGCGGAAGCCUACAACAUUUCAGACACACAGAUGAAAUGCUGUGCGGGAACGCUGUAUAACUUGACGUCCUUGAAUAAAUCUGCACAUGAGGCAAAAUGCUGUGGAUCCAUUCUGCUUCAACAAGAUGAUGAAUGCUGUUUAAAUGGGGAUAAGGAGUUGCUCUACUCUGCUAAGGAAGGAUUUAGAUGCUGCCGUCACCUCUAUUACAACACUUCUCUGUGGUCGUGCUGCGCAGGGGAGCUUCACCCGGUCCGGCGACGAGGACAGAGCACCUGCAAGACGUUGUCCAGACUGCUGCCAAUAAACAAUCUGUCAAAAGCUCAUCUUUGUGAAAAGGUGAAAGUGGGAACUGUUCAAAGUGUGUCCUGGAAAAGUGUAGUGCUCAUUAACGUGCUGGAAAUCAACGGAAAACAUGCCACUGUGAAACCCCUGCCCGCUCAGGUUGUGACCUGGAACAACCGCUGCAGAUCACUGAACAAAAAACCAAAACUGAUCCCCGGUCAGAUUUACUUCUUUGAUGAUGUUACUGACUUCUUCACUGAUUUCAACCAUGACUCUUUACAUCAGUCACUGCAUUAUAUUCUUGACAAGUGCACUGUCUAACCACACUGACGGUGUUAAAUGUAACAUUGUUAUUUGCUAGUAUUUGUUGAUACAGUUUAAUCAUAAAUGGAAGCUAUAAGAUUAACAUUAACAAGUUCAGCCUGUAUCAGAAGUUCUGACAAGUUUUGGAGGUUCAUGACGCUGUAGCCUUUCUCUUUUGAAAAGAUUAGUGGCUUCAGAAAAUUGACACAUCCCAAAACAACAGCUGAAUGCACAUAAAAGCCCAGAUCUACUCCUCAGCAGUAGAAAAAGCUGUGCGCUCUGCUAUUUCUAUUGAAAAGUAGGUGACUUCUAAGCUAUCAUUGGUGCAGAAUUCAUUAUAUAAGCUAAAGUCACAAUUGUUUUAUGCUACUUUGAGUUAUUGGUCUGAAAUAGCUGAUAAUUGGCAACUGUUUGCACAUAUUUAAUAUGUUAUAUGCUUAAUUGUUAAGUUUGUAAGGAUGUUUUUAUCGGUUGAGCUAUCAUGUAGAACAGGGGUGUCCUUUACUGGACUUCCAGAGCUGGUAUCCUGCAUAUUUUAGAUGUAUCCCUCUUCCAACACACCUGAUUCAAAUGAUAAGCUUAUCAUCAAGCCCUGCAGAAGCCUGAUAAUGACCGCCAGAUAUGCUGGAAGAGGGAAACAUCUAAAAUAUGCAGGAUAUCCGCCCUCGAGAUCCAGGAUUGGACACCUCUGAUGUAGAAUUUUAAAAUGACUAAACUGAAAGCUACUGUUUGAAUGUGAAUGUAAAAUAUGUACUGUUGUCAUCUGGUUGGAACUGGGCCUUUAUUGUACUGUACAUCACUCAUCUAACAGUGAGUUUAUGUGAACGCCAUGAAUUCAAAUAGAAACCUAAUUUCAUUUGACAUAAGAAGGUAUAUGGCACAUGAACAAUGAAUGUCAAAGCAAGCAUAUGAUGUUAUAUUCAUUGUUUAUACAUUCACCAGCACCUUGGUGAGUGUGCCUUUCUCUUGUUUUUUUGUUUGUUUGUUGUUGUUUUUUAUAUACCAGAUAAGGCAUGAAAUAAAUAACAUUUAAAGUA